AUGAUUGGUAAAAAUGUAUACCAGCCUUCUGUUCGAAUAGGCAACUGGUUUGAAGACAUGCGGUUAGAAGAGAGUCAAGUAAAAGAUUUUCUGGACAAGAAAAAAAAUGGUGAUCUUCUCAUGCAAAAAAGAGCUGCAGUUAUUGAGAAUAUAUUGAAAAAGGUUGAGCUGACAGUGGUUAAUGAUGGACUGGUUCAUUUUGGAAAUAUAAUUCAGUUGAGAUGUGCUGGAGAUGAAGUUCCCAAGAUCACUGGGAAGAAUCGUCAAACCUCUGUUUUGGCUGCUCAUUGUAGCAUUGAUGUAAUGAGUCAGGAUGCAAAAUUGGCACAUCCUUGCAAAGUGACCAGUUGUCGUGAUUUGAUUCCCAAUGUAAGAAGCUGCUUUGUAAUUACCAGUUGUGAUGGAACACCUAAUGGUCAACCACUUCGAUAUACGCAGCCAUUUUACCUGAAGACAACUGAUAGCAGUGGAGGAAAUCUCUUCCUACAAAGUGAUACAUUUGAUUUCACAAAGUGUGCCUUUCGAACACGUCAUCAGGAAGUAUUACUGGUCCCAAAUCCAUCUUAUCUGGCACAAUGGAGAAUCAUUUACUUUAACCCUUUGCUGAGAAUGGAAUAUGAAAACAUGCCAGUUCCAGCCAACAUUCCAGUACUAAUCAACCAUGUGUAUACAAAUCAAAAUCUUUGUGUUGAAGAUGAAGCUCGUUUGAUCAGGACUGUUUUCAGUAUGGACUAUGAAGUUUCUGUACAUACCUAUUUAAACAGUCACAAAGCAGAGGAAGAACAAAAUCAUUGGGUUAUUGUGACGGCAGCUCCAGGGGCUCCAAUUGUAAUGCGUUCAUCACAAAAAGAAUCAAUUGAAGAGGCUCAAGGAGACAAUAUUGUACAACAGCCAAAUUAA